AUGUUUCGUUCUCUUCGGUGUCAGCUUGACAAAGUCCCUUUUGCCACUCUCUUUGGCUACAAUUCGAUUUUACAGAGCGUCUUUUCGGCGCCUGUGAAGAAGGAGGCGAUAGUGGUGGAGAUUCCGGGGAGAAAGACCGAACGCUACACGUACGGGCAGCUGCAAAAGGAUGUGCUCUCUAUGUCAAACGUCAUCACCCAACGAAGAGAGGCGUUGAUGGUCGCAUAUGGAGAGCCUUCGCUCAGUUGGGUGCAGCGACCCCGGCCGAGUAACGUGCGAAGUGUCUUUUCGGAUGUCAAAGGCGAGGUGCUGAGCUGUGAUUUCAUGAAAGAUGAUGGAAGGUACAACAUUGCCAUCAUUGGUGACACGGGGUACACCUUCGUGGUCUCACUCCUGGCGGCAUGGUCGCUGAAUCAAAUGGCUGUUCCGAUUUCCGCUUCGCAGAAUUAUGCGACGGAGUUGUCAUACAUUUUGGGGCACAGUAGGUGCCGAGCCGUGAUGAGCGACACGGCAAUGAUGAAGGAAAAAUUUCCGAGAGAAUACGAUCCAUGUAUAGUACGCAGCUUCAGUAGUCUGCGGAAUCCCGUGGCGAAUUUCCCCUGGUUUUCACGGAGUACAUACGAUGUAGAAACAUUGUUUGAUGCACAGACAUUACUCGCGGAAAUACAGGAAAAGCGGGAUGUUUCCGAGGCCUCGACCAGAGUGAUUCUACCGGAGCAUUUGCUCCCAGAGGAAGAGCGGAAUCCAAUCAAGGAUGCAAAAGACGUUAUGGACAGAAUAGCACACGAGCAAGCGGCCUCGGAAGGACACCGUGAGGCAUGGCGUCAGAAAAUGAUACGAGAACAGUUUAAAGCGCAUUGCAUUGUCAAUGACGCCGAAGAUGGAACAGGUCUCUUUUACGAUACAGAUCAUCUUGAUUCGCUUAAUGUCGUCCAUCGUCAUUGGGUAGAGGAGUGCUCUUUUCGACCAAGCAAACGUGAUGACUGUGUGAUGAUUUACACUUCAGGCACUACGGCAAAACCCAAAGGUGCUGUUCAUACCCAUGCGAGUCUUCGAAAUAUGGUGAGAGUACUGUGUUCCAAAUGGGAAUGGUCAUCAGAGGACACCAUUCUUCACAUGUUGCCGAUGUAUCAUAUCCAUGGGCUUGUUAAUAUUCUUCUUUGUUGCUUAGCAUCCAAUGCGCGUUGUAUUUUGACUAAAUUUGAUGAUCCAGUUCGUAUUGCGCAUCGAAUGGAGCGGGGAGACAUUACAUUGGUGAUGGGCGUCCCCACAAUUUACACCAAGUUGGUUGCUGCGGUCAAUCAAAAGAUGUCACCCAUUGAGAAGACGGGAUUCAAAAAUGCCGUUUCCCAAAGGGUGCGGCUCAUGGUGUCUGGUAGUGCAGCUCUCCCGGUGCCGAUCCUAGAUGGGUUCCGUGAGAUCAGUGGGCACACACUGCUAGAGCGGUACGGUAUGACGGAGAUUGGAAUGGCUCUGAGCCAACCGCUUCGUCCCGUACACAAGCGCAUCCCUGGUACAGUGGGCUCACCGCUGCCGACAGUGCGCGUCUUUGUGCAUAGCAAAUCUCCCCUCGCAAGGGAAGAGGAUGAAAACGCAGGAGAGGGAAGAAACACGACGAAUUAUGACGAGAUUGGCCAACUCGCCAUCAACUCCAAAUCCUUGUUUGACCGCUACUGGGGAAAUCCCGUGGCGACGAAAAAGGAACUCGUUGUGAGCCAAGAGGGUCGUCGCUACUUCAACACGGACGACACCGUCGGUGUACGAACGCCCCGGGAUGAAAAAGAGGAUGCCGUCUUCACCAUUCUUGGUCGCUCUGGCACCGACAUUAUAAAGUGCCGCGGCUUUAAACUCUCCGCGUUGGAAAUUGAGGCCGCGUUGCUCUCCCGCAGGGACCUUUUCUUCGAGAUUGCCGUCGUAGGCUGCAAGGACGAGACAUUGGGGGAGGAGGUGGUUGCGGUUAUUGCAGCUCAGCGAGCGGCGCUGAAGGCUUGGGGGAUUCCAACCAAUUUUAAACGCUUUGAAUCACCCGAGCUCAAUGAGGAGCUGAAAGGAGUCGCACGUGGUGUUCUCGCGAGCUACAAGUGCCCGGGCCGAUUCAUCAUUCUGCCGGAGAUCCCGCGGAACCCCACAGGAAAGGUGAACAAGAAGGACCUCAAGGAGAAACUCUCGCUGGGGUAG